AAUCAUUUAUCGCCGUACAGGUCAGUCCAGGGCAACAGCUUACGUAAUUUACCGGCGUGACCUCACGGAAUUCUGCCCGUAAUGAAAUGCGACAGAACGCCGAGACAUCGCAAUUAUCUGAACCACUUUGUCCAUGUUGACGUUAAAGUCCACGUAUUCACGUCCAUCAUGUAGCGAAUAAGUACCAAGAGGAAGUUUGAGAUAAGACCAGCUUUGCAACUCCUCCAUUGAGAAAUGCAACAUUUGCGAACCCCAAUGCAAGCUCUGAGACGGGCCCAGGCUGAUGUCAUCUGUCGCAGCCGUCGCAAAGUCAAACCGUCGUCUGAGCUACUCCAGGUCCUUCCCGACCUCUAUGAAAUCUUCAACGAGACCCAGCCACACCGAGCCGGCCAGCGGCGGGGAAAAAAGCUACACUGGGCUUUGCUGCCCCACAGAUUAAGCUUUUUGAAUCGGUCGCCUGUCGGUAAUCUCAAAGAUGUAGGUAUUUCGGCAAGGUAUAGCACACGGGCAGCAGUUCUGCAGGAUGUCAGUGUACCAGAUGGACUCUUACUUAAUACCACCCACCGUGUCAGAUUGGAGAAAGCAUCAACACUGAAUCUGUGUGAAAUCUCAAAACUGCAUCAAUCCCUCUGUGUGGCAAAGAGUCAUCAAAAUGAAUCCCUCAAUGCACGUUUCUCUCUUGAAGAGAUUCUAACCAGUCUGCAGAGCAACCCAGCUGUCGUACCAGUGAAAAGAAUGGGCCCAGUGCAAGGUUUGCUGGAUGAAAUCCAGUGGAGGAAGCUACGUGGAAAACCAAAUCCCGAGAGUAUAAAUGGUCUUGAUCUGCACCACCUUCUCAAUCUCCAGUCUCAAACCAGCAGAAAGAAAUUCCUCAAUUUCUUGUUGAAGAAGGAGAAGCACAAACUUAAGAAGACAAAAAAGAAGGAAUCAAGAAUGAAAUUGAAGGCCCAGGAAGCAGCUACUCUUCAACAGCCAGACUUGACUGUCAAGAACGCUUUGGUUCGCCAGGGUCAGUCUAUCGCAGAGAACACUGCUAAUACGUGGAACCUUGCCCGAGGUUUGAUGUUCGGUCCCCCCAUUGUGUUUGAUCUGAGCUACGACCAUCAUAUGGAUCGACGCGAGCUCAUCAACGCUGUCAUGCAGCUGAAUCUUGUCCUCAAAACCAACAAAACUAUGCGCGACCCCUUUCACGUUCACUUCACAAACGUAGCCCAUGAUGGCCACACUGAGCAAGAACUGAAGCGUGUUCACGGAGAGCAUCUCGACAACCUGAUGGUUAGCAUUACUGAACAGCCCCCUCAGCACGUGUUUGUCAGCGAAGAGCUAGUUUACCUGACAGCGGACUCCCCAAACGUCCUCACAGGCUACAACCCCAACAAAGUUUACAUCAUUGGAGGUUUUGUUGACAGGUGUGUCAAGAGUCGAGUGUCACUCAGGAAGGCAGAGGAGGCAGGAAUCGUCCAUGCGCGACUGCCUCUGGAUGACCAUCUCCAGUGGCAUAAGAGCACCAAGAACUUAACGUUAGACCAGAUGAUGGCCAUCUUGAGUGAGCUGAGAGAAUCCCAAGACUGGAGGAAAGCUCUUCAACAUGUUCCAAGCAGAAAACAUCUUGGAAUUAAGAUACAUGCAUCUCCAGCAUGAACACAAAUGUAUCUACCAAGGUUUUACACUUUAGUGCCUUGAAUUUUCACAGAAUGAAUGAAUGGAAUACGCACUAACAAAGUGUUCUCUGACUCUUCAAAAUUUACCACUUACCCAUUUCAGUUGUACUAAAUUUAGAUUUAACCAGUCCUUUAAUUGAUUUCUUGUAAAAUUGCCAUUUGGACGAUACAAUACUGUACUUAAUGCACUGUGAGUACUAGCAAAGUUGUGGUUUUCUCAUUACCUCUGUUUUGUUGAAUUUCUUUUACCAAUAAGCCAUCUUUCCACCACAAAAUACAUGGAAAAACCAUGUUGCCUAUGAUGUUGGCAUUAUAUAUUUA